AUGGAGGAGUUAAUUGAUUCACUCAUGACUCAUGAAUUGAACAUGGUGCAAAAGGAGGAAGAAGAAGAGUCAAAGAAGAAAAAGAUCAUUGCUUUCAAAUCAACCAUCAAAUUUGAAGAUAGCGAUAAGUCAAAGGAUGAAGAUGAAGAAGAGAGUGAGGGUGAAAAUGAGGACUUGGGACUACUUAUUAGAAAAUUCAAAAAGUUUCUCAAGAAGAAAUGGAUGAAGAAAAAAGAUGAUAAAGAAAAAAAAGAAAGAAAUGCCAUUUGCUAUAAGUGUAACAAGUCGGGGCACUACAAGCCGGAUUGCCCUCAACUUAAAAAGUAUCCCAAGAAGAACAAAAAGAUGGCAAUGAUGAGCAUUUGGAAAGGUAGCGAUAUUUCUCUUUGGAUGAAGAAGAAGAGGAAGAAG